AUGGCGAAUUCCAAAGACGACGUCGAAGUGGCGACAGUCAAGAACAAUACAUACGAGGAGCAAAAGAACUUUAAUGAAAGUCUUCAUGAUGACGCUCCACCUCCCCGCCCGACGGAUGAUACUCUGGCGAGGAAGCUUUCAGCAAGGCAAGUGCAGAUGAUUGCUAUUGGUGGUACCAUCGGAACGGGACUUUUCCUUGGCACUGGAACAUCACUMAGUAGAGGUGGACCAGGCUCUAUGCUGCUGUCGUAUGCCAUUGUGGGUGUGAUUGUGUUUAUAACAAUGUUGUCGCUUGGCGAGAUGGCAGCUUUUGCACCCGUUGCUGGUUCUUUUUGCACUUUUGCCGGACGAUAUGUAGACGACAGCUUCGGAUUUGCGAUGACCUGGAACUACUGGUUUAACAAUGCAGUCUCCGUGGCAAGCAAUUUGAUUGCUCUACAACUCCUCCUCGACUACUGGACGGACAACUUCCCCGGUUGGGCUAUUAGUUUGAUCUUCUUCUUCGUGCUGAUCGCUCUCAACAUUGUGACGGUCAAGCUAUAUGGURAGAUUGAAUACUGGCUCAGUCUACUCAAAGUUGCAACCAUCAUCAUUUUUAUCAUUCUUGGAAUUGCCGUCAACUGCGGCGGCAACACCGAAAAGGAAUACAUUGGCACGAGAUACUGGUACAAAGGCGACGCACCGUUUGUCAACGGUAUCGGUGGCUUCGCCUCUACAUUCGUUACAGCAGCAUUCGCCUACGGAGGAACAGAGAGUAUCGCCAUCACAGCUGGAGAAACAAAGGAACCUGCUCGUACUCUCCCUCGCGUUGUUCGCAACGUCUUCUGGCGGAUUCUCAUCUUCUACAUCCUCUCCAUCCUCAUCAUCGGUCUGAAUGUUCCAUACGACACUCCCAACCUUGCCACGCGCAACAGUCAAACAUCUCCAUUCACCAUCGUCUUCGAAUCUGCUGGAAGCGCAGUCGCAGGAUCCUUCAUCAAUGCAGUCAUCAUGACCUCUGUCAUCUCUGCAGGAAACCACUCACUCUUCGCUGGCUCCAGACUCCUCUACUCUCUCGCGGUAAAUCGACACGCACCCAAGUUCUUUGGAACACUCAACCGCAACGCCGUGCCUUGGAUUGCGGUCCUAUCGACCAUGAUCAUUAGUGGGUUGUGUUUUGGAGCGAGCUACAUCGGAGCAGGUCAACUUUGGACCUGGCUGCAGAACAUCGUCGGAGUAUCAAACCAGCUCUCCUGGAUAGCAAUCGGUUUCGCAUCCCUUCGCUUCCGCAUGGCGAUCCGAAAGCAGGGACUUGAACAUCUUCUUCCUUUCAAAAACUGGGCGUAUCCCUGGGGACCAAUUUUCUCGGUCGUGAUGAAUAGCGUACUAGUGCUGGUACAGGGAUGGAGUUCUUUUGCAGGAGGUUUCAAGGCGGUGGAUUUCGUCAGCUACUACCUGCAAUUACCUGUUAUGGCGAUUAUGAUCAUCGGGUGGAAGCUUCUGAAGAGGACGAGGUUCGUGRGGUUGGAGGAAAUGGAUCUGGAGACUGAUCGGUUCGAUACGGGUUUGACAACGGAAGAGAGGAAUGUCAAAUUGAGUGAUGCGAAAAUGGGGACGUUCGCCAAGGGCCAGGGAUGGAAGUUGAGGCUCAAGGCCAUCUCUCAAUGGUUGUUCUUUUAG